GGUUCGGCCAGUCAACAGUCAGUCGCUCGCCAACCUGCUGGAUACCGAUACCGAUACCAAUACCGCCCCCACUUGAGUCCCAGUCCAAGGAUAUAUAUAGCCCCCACUCCAACAUGUACAAGUUCGUCGUGCUCGUCUGCUCCGCCAUGCUGCUCAGCUAUGUCCUGGCCAGGCCCCAGGAUCAGCGGGCAGGAGCAGCCAGUCCCACAUCCACGACCACAGCCGCCACCAUAGUCAAGCAGGAUAAUGUGAACAAUGCCGAUGGGAGCUUCAACAGCAGCUACGAGACCUCCAAUGGAAUACGCGUGGAGAACAUUGGCUACCUGAAGAAGAUCAUCAUUCCGAAGACGGAGACCUCCGACGGCCAGGUGAUCGAUGAGCACGAGGAGCUGGUUCUGGUCCAGACCGGAUCCUACAGCUACAGCGAUCCCGAUGGCAACCUCAUCACCCUGCGCUACGUGGCCGAUGAGAAUGGAUUCCAGCCGGAGGGAGAUCAUCUGCCCGUGGCCCCACAAUAGUCUUACUUCAUCCAGAGCCCCCACACUCCUACUUCUUAUAAUAUUUCGCUUGAAAGUAUUAUGCACUGCCUGAAUGCCAUACGAAAUUGAAAUGUCCACAGUCCGUAGUUAGAUUUAAGCAAACAAAAACACACCGAAUCGCCUGCAAAGAGAGAAAUAAAUAUUGGUAACGAUAAUAACGAAAAA